AUGGACAAACUCAACGUGAAAGAAUUGAAGAAUAUCGCAAGAGAGAGAGGUAUCAGGGGGUAUUCUCGAUUACGUAAAGCGGAGUUGAUUGAGGCAUUGGGUCAAGAGGAUUUGAUAAAUUUAAAUAUUGAAGCUGAACCUUUGAAUGAACCUUCGAAACCCUUUACUUCAAAUAACAUAUUGGAUGAACCUAUACCUAAGAUUGAUAUCCCUGUAUUGGUACCAUCAAAACCUCAAAAUAUCACUAAAGUAUCACAACUAAAGAAUAUUACCGCAAAAGCUUCAAAGCAAGUAAACAGUGAGAUAAACAAGUUUGCAGACUGGAUAAUAUCUCAUGUACCAGAACCUUUUAUUAAAAAGAAUGUUGACAAAAGAGUCAACGAUUUGAAAGAUGAAGUGAGCCGUAUAUUUGAAGAAAUUAAUGGAAAGUUUGGACCUAAAGAGAGAAAGACAGCUUUAAGGGGUUAUUUCAAAACUUAUAGAGUUGAAGGAGUGGAUGGUAUGGAUGAAAAAACAUUCAUUAACAGUGUUAGGCAGAGUGUUAUGAAUCUUGUAAAGAGUUUGAAGCCUAUCAAAGUGAAGUUAGUUCUCGCCGUAAAUUUUUACAAAGAGAAUCCUGAUACAGGUAACACUGACUUUACUUCAUCAUACUUUCAUUCAAAGUUAUUUGUAAUAACGGAGGCGACAGAUCUCUCUGUCAUAUAUAAUAUGAUGACGAGUGAAAUCUUUGAAUCUCUUGAGGAAUUUAAAAGAUUGAAAUCUGGUUGGAUAUUCAACUCAGUCGAAGACCUUUACAUCAACAUUAACCCAUACAAUCCUUUGUCAGCUUCUUCAUAUAUUCCCUUACCUUGUACGCUGCCUGGAAAGAAGGCAAUCAUUAACGUUAAGAAUAUGGAUGAUAAUGAAUGUUUCAAGUGGGCAGUAACUUCUGCAGUGUUUCCUAGAGAAAAAAAUGCUGGGAGAUUGAAUAAACGGAUGAGAGAAGAUUCAGAAAAGUUUGACUGGGCAGGUAUUGAGUUUCCUGCAUCAUAUAAAAAAGAUAUAGACAAGUUUGAGAAACAGAACGAUUAUGCAAUCAACGUCAUUGGUUAUGAAGAGGGAUUUUUUUACCCUUUGAGAGUUAGCAAGCGAAGUAAUAAAAUGGUGAUUAACCUUUUAUUUAUCUCAAACAAGGAGACAAAUCACUACUGCUGGAUAAAAAACAUGUCUAGAUUGAUGACAUCCAAGGUGAGUAACCACAAUGGAACAAGACAUUUCUGCUACAGAUGUUUGAACUCAUUUCACUCAGAGAAAUCACUGAAAGAGCAUAAAGAGUACUGUGAUAAUAACGAGGGUGUUAAGCCGGAGAUGCCAAUGGUUAAAGAUGACAAAGGGGAAUUCUUAGAACCAAAAUUUAUCACAUUUAAUAAUUUUCACAAAAAACAGAGAGUACCUUUUGUUGUGUACGCAGAUUUUGAAUGUUUCACAGAGAAGAUUGACACUUGCCAACCCAUUGAUAACAAAAGCUUCACAAAUCAAUACCAAAAACAUGUUCCCUCAGGUUUCCGCUAUCUAAUCAAGUGCUUUGAUAAUAACAUUUUCUCUCCAAAAUUUGUAAAGUACACAAAAAAAGCGGCCGAUGAAGACAUUCCUCAGUUGUUCAUAGAGUCUUUAGAGAAAGAUAUCAAAGAUAUCUACAAAAGGUUUAAAUUCCCGAAGAAGAUGGUGAUGACAAAAAAGGAUAAGAUAGACUUUGUAGAGGCAACUAGAUGUCACAUCUGUGAGGAAGAAAUAUUAGAAGAUGCUGAUGAUAAAAACUAUAAAAAGGUUCGCGAUCAUUGCCAUCUCACCGGAAAGUACCGAGGUGCGGCUCAUAAUAAAUGCAACUUAAAUUAUAGACUACCAAAGUUCUUCCCUAUCAUCUUUCACAAUCUGAGUGGGUAUGACUCUCAUCUUUUUAUAAAGAACCUUGGAGUUACUGAGGGAAAGAUAGACUGCAUACCCAACAAUGAAGAGAAGUACAUCUCAUUCACUAAAGAGGUAAUUGUUGAUAAAUUCAUUAAUCAAAAGGGAGAAGAGAAAGAGGUCAAGCGAGACUUAAGAUUCAUUGAUUCUUUUAAAUUCAUGGCGACUAGCCUUGACAAAUUAGUAAAGAAUCUACCGAAAGAAUCUUUUAAAAAUCUUUCAGAAUUCUAUAAAGGUGAACAAUUUGAUCUUCUCAUGAGAAAAGGUGUCUUUCCAUAUGAUUGGUUCGACUCUUUUGACAAACUCUCUCAGGAUCACCUUCCCCCUAUAGAGUCAUUCUACUCAACACUUAAUGGGAGUGGAAUCUCAAAAGAAGAUUACCAGCAUGCACAGAAAGUGUGGAAAACAUUCAAUAUGAAGACAAUGAGAGAUUACCAUGAUCUAUAUCUUGAGACCGAUGUUCUCCUUCUCACCGAUGUCUUUGAAAACUUCAGAGAUGUUUGCCUUGAAAACUAUGGCCUGGACCCAGCGUUCUAUUACACAGCACCCGGACUUGCUUGGGAUGCAUGUUUGAAAAUAACAAAGGUCAGACUAGAGUUAUUAAGCGACUAUGACAUGUUAAUGAUGGUAGAGAAAGGAAUUCGAGGUGGUGUCUCCAUGAUCUCUACGAGAUACGGUAAAGCAAACAACCCUUACAUGGAAGAUUACGAUUCUGAACAACCAACUAAGUUCAUCACUUAUCUCGACGCGAACAAUCUUUACGGUCGGGCAAUGUCUAAACCUCUACCGACUGACUCUUUCAGAUUCAUGACUAAAGAGGAGUUGAAGAAUUGGUGGACGCUACCAUGCAUACUCGUGCUCGACAAAGAGUAUCCGAAGGAACUUCACGACCUGCAUAACGACUAUCCAUUGGCACCUGAGAGAGUAACCGUUAAUAAUGUUGAGAAACUGAUCCCUAAUCUCAACGAUAAAACAAAGUAUGUUAUUCAUCAUGAAACUCUUAAACAAUAUCUAUCUCUAGGAUUAAAGAUCACCAAGAUUCACAGAGGGAUCACAUUCAAAGAGUCGGCGUGGCUGAAGCCUUAUAUUGAUCUUAACACCAAUCUCAGGGCUAAGGCAACUAAUGAUUUUGAAAAAGAUUUUUUCAAGUUGAUGAAUAACUCCGUAUUCGGUAAGACUAUGGAGAACAUUAGAAACAGAGUUGACGUAAGAUUAGUCACUACAGAAUCUCAAGCAAAGAAGCUGAUAUGUAAACCAAACUACCAACAUCACACAAUCUUCUCUGAGAAUCUUGUCGCUGUUCAUAUGAAGAAGACAAGGAUAUACUUAAACAAACCUGUCUACCUCGGUAUGUCUAUACUCGAUUUGAGUAAGACUUUGAUGUAUGAUUUUCACUAUAAUUACAUAAAACCAAAGUAUGGAGAGAAUGCAAAAUUACUCUUCACAGACACGGACAGCCUCGCUUAUGAGAUAGUGACAGAUGAUUUUUACAGGGAUAUAAGUGGUGAUGUGAAAGAGAAGUUUGAUACCAGUAAUUACCCGAAGAAUCACCCUAGUGGAAUAGAAACAGGCGUUAACAAGAAGGUUAUCGGAAUGUUUAAAGACGAAGCUGGUGGAAAACAGAUCGUUGAGUUUGUAGGUUUGAGAGCAAAACUCUACUCCUACAGAUUAGAUGAAGAGGAUGAAGUGAAAAAGUGUAAAGGAGUGAAGGAAGACAGUUAA